AUGUUUCCUUCCGAACAGUCGAAUAGUGCUCGUAUGUCUUCCUUGUCAUUCUUUCCCUCGCUGCGCGAUAUUACUCUUACACCUUCGACUCAAACUUUUUACCAACCUACAUCCGAAUCAGCUGAUAUGCCUUCAUUGAUUUGGAGCGUAAUCAAUAAAUUUUGGGAAAAUUCUGACGCACUCAUCGCUCACCAAAAUAAACUCUACAUAUUCCGCAACAAAGACCUCUUCGAAGUCGACAAGGGCACCACGCGAAGAGUUUUGAGUGGAUGUGGCAAAAUCAUUGCUGCCACUAAAUUCAAAGAUGACGUUUACAUCUCAACGCAGAUUGGUGAAAUAUGGUGCAUCAACCUUUUGACCUUUGAACUUCGAUGCAUCAUCAAAAAUUUGAACAAUGUACGUGCUCUCGUCACCUUCGAAAAUGGCAUUUUUGCAUUCGGUGACAAACUUUGGCGAAUUGAUACUAUUAACGGCAAAUGCGAAAGUUUAGAUAGUAGUGACUGGCGUUCGACUGUAUCCGCCGCCGUGUUAGGUGAUAGCGUUUACGUAGUCACCAGACACGGAGACCUGUGGAGAAUCGAUCUGCGAGAUUAUACCAAAAUAAUUAUUAAGCGGGGCGGGCAAGAUCCAGAUUUGAUUCUGGCGUAUCAAGAUAAUUUGUACCUGUUUUCAAAAGGUCUUUAUAAGGUCAAUGUAGACGGUUCUUGCGAGAAAAUUGAAGACAAUUUGAGCGGAAUCUUGACAGGUGUUUCCUCUUCUGAUGCGAUGUAUAUCAUAUUCAAUUCUGGCGAACUUUUUAGAAUUAUAGAGGUUACUGGAGAGGGUUAUUCUGACGAACUUUUUCUUGAAGAAGAUUUUGAUAUCGAUAUUAUUAACUUUACACAUGGCCAUUUUUCCGUGUAG